AUGGUCGUCUUUAUUCCAUUUUAUCCAAUUGGAAAAGAUAGUCGAACAUUUUGUAUUCUUCGUGCCUAUCUCACCGCUGUUUCUACUACUCUACUUACCUCAUCAUUUCUUCUUCAAGCUCUUAGUCGUUUGUUUCACACAGUAUUUCCCAUGCAUCGUCGAUGUCUGUUAACAUGGAAAUUUCAUUAUUUUUUAAUAGCUGUUCAAUGGAUGAUGGGAUUUUUAACACCGAUUACAAUAUUAAUUAAUCAUGAAAAUAUUAUCUAUCGAACAGGUAUAUUCUGUACAAUUGGAUUAGAUCAUAUGUUUCAUCUUUACUAUAUCUAUUUAACGGAAUAUUUUAUACCAAUAUUAAUUAUUUUUAUAAUCUACAUAAUAAUUAUCUAUCGAGUAAAUUAUUAUUCUUCUGCGUCUCAACAACAUCGUUCUAAUCCUGCUCGCGAAGCGAAAUUACUCAAGAACAUUCUUAUUUUUAUCGGUAUUUUCACUGUUGGAGGUUUGCCAUCGAUUAUUUAUACUUGUCUGAUGGCACCAAAACGUAUUCUUUCGAUUCAUUUCUUUAUACUAACAUUAGUAUCUAUACCUUUAGCUGUGGCAAUCGAAAAACUAAAAGGAGGACAUCUAUAUGAAAAAGAAGGACCAUUCGCCAUCCAGACGAAUGGUGCAAUUACAUUCAUAUUGACAAAUAAAGAAUACGACACGAUGUUCGAAGAUCUGCCCGAUGAAAUUCUUAUGAUCAUUUUUCAAUAUUCUGGUGAUCCUUACACAAUAUUAACAACAUAUCUUGGUUUAAAUCAACGUAUAAAUCGAAUUCUUAUCGAUAAACAUUUACAUUUAUUAACAAAUUUUCUUUAUACAAAAUAUAAUAGUGAUUAUUAUGACUCAGAAAUCUUUCAAAAUGCAUCUCAACAAUUAUUAAUGUUGAAUUCAAAUAUUGAUAAAACGAAGCUUGAUGAGAUUUUUCGACCAUUAAUUCUGUUUCAUAUACGACAGACAUACAUUCAACAAGGACAAGAAUUUCAAUUAUUGACAGAACAACAUAAUUCUAUUCGUCAAAAUCUUUCCAAUAACGAAAAACGUCAAGUCGAUUGUGAAGUUAAAAUUCAAUUUUUGAAUUUAAACAAAUUAGAUCGAUCGAUUGAAAUAUUCCAAAAUAUUAAAAAACUAAUUUUAAAACAAGGUGCUCGUUGUGAAUGUGAAGAUGGUCCGGGAUAUUUCAAUCUAAUCAGCGCUGUAAAGUAUCUCUUACUUGUGCAUAUUUCUGAACCAAAUUUUACAAGUCCAAUUUCACCUCACCUAUUAACACAAACAUUUAAAGCUCUACUUGUUUCCAAUAAUAAUUUAUUAUAUAAUCAAGAUUAUGUUGGUUAUACGGGUGAUCCUAUGGAUAUUUGGAAAUUAAUUGACAUUAUUGUAUUUACUAUUUCGAGUUUAAAAUGUCAUUUUCAUGAUCGUAAUUCAUCGACAUUGGUCAAUAUGAAAUAUUAUCAUGAGAUCGUUCAUUUCUAUUUAUUUAUCAUACAAUGUCGAAAACAAACACAUCACGAGCAAGAAAAAAAUAUGUUUCUAAUGUUAGAUUAUAUUUCAAAUAUGAAUGAUAAUCUAUUGAUUCAAUUAACAAAUACGGAAUUAUUGAAAAUGGUUGUUGAGGAAACUAACUUUAAUGAUACUGAAGAUAAUUAUUGGUUAGAGACACAUUUAAGACAAAAAGUUGAGUAUGUUGUUAAAGCGAAGCAGUUUCAUGUAAUUGUAUAUCUAGCACAAUCUGAACGAAUUCCAUGGAAAAAAACUUUCAAUGAACCAAAAAAUUUUAUUCGAAAAUUUAUUAAUGCAAUCAUACUUGAUGAAUCGGGACGACGAUUCCUAUUGCAAAUCAUGGAAACAAUAUCAUUAGAUUUGUUAUUUUUCAAAAAGCAGGUUUUCUUUCUUCUAUUAAAAAAACGAGAACGUAAACUAUUAGAACAACUACUACAAUCAUCGCCUGAAUUUCUCAAUGAAUUAGAUGAAGAUGAAAAUGAUGCAUUACUUUAUACUUGUUUGAAAGUUUCUGGUCUUCGGCAUCGAAUUAUAGAACUUUUAAUUAAAAUGGGAUCGAAUAUGGAACGAAGAAACUCUCAAGGGCUCAAUUUUAUGGAUACAUUACAAUUACCGCGAAAUCGAAAUCUAUCAAAGAAAUUAGUUGAAUUCGAGAUUAUUUUUAAUGAUAAUUAA